AUGGAUCACCUCGACGACUUGCGAGAAACCUUUGAGACCCUCAGGACAUCCCAAAUGAGACUCAAUCCAAAGAAGUGCAUAUUCGGGGUAUCCUCUGGCAAGUUCCUUGGCUUCCUGAUUGAUGAAAGAGGGAUUGAAGCAAAUCCGGACAAGGUGCAUGCCGUCAUCAAUAUGACAUCGCCAAGGACGGUCAAAGAUGUGCAACGCCUAACUGGAUGUCUUGCCGCCUUGGGACGAUUUUUAUCUAGAGCCGGAGAUAAGUGUCAUUACUUUUUCAGUACCAUAAAAAAGGGCACCCAGUUUGAGUGGACGCCGCAGGCAGAGGCCGCCUUCUUUCGUUUAAAAGAACACUUGCACACUCUGCGGCGACUGGUCAGCCCUCUCUUAGGAGAAGUCCUGUAUCUGUACCUUGCCAUCUCAGAGUACGCACUAAGUGCCGUCUUGCUUACAGAAAAGGAUGGGACGCAACUACCUGUCUACUUUGUCAGCCAGAUGUUGCAGAAUGCUGAACUCAAAUAUCCAACUGUUGAAAAAUUCGGCUUCGCUCUGUUCUUGGCUAGUAAGAAGCUUCGUCCAUAUUGCCUGGCUCAUCGGCUGAUAGUAUACACAGAUCAACCGCUAAAGCGACCGUUUACCAAUCUGGAAGCAUCCGGAAGAAUGCUCAACUGGGCAAUUGAGCUUAAUGCAUUUGAUAUUUCGUAUGCGCCGCGGAAGGCAAUAAAGGGACAGGCAUUUGCUGACUUCAUUGCGGAACUGACCAAGCCACCAUAUUUGAAGAAUGAGAAAACCCAGUGGAUAGUUCAUGUGGACGGCUCUGCCACCCAAAAUGGGCCGGGAGCCGGCAUUAUCUGCGAAUCACCAGAAGGGGAUAUCUAUGAAUAUGCAAUGCGUUUUAACUUUCAGGCGUCAAACAACGAAGCUAAAUACGAAGCCCUGAUAUGUGAAAUGCAGAUGAGCAAAGCAGCGGGGGCGGAAGACGUCUUUGUUUUAUCUGACUCACAGUUAAUCGUCAUUCAAGUAAAAGGAGAAUAUGAGGCCAAGGAUGACGCCAUGAUAAAAUAUCUGGAAAAGGUCCGUCAGGAAGUUCAGCAGCUGUCUAACUUUGAAAUACAACAUAUACCCCGGUCUGAAAACAACAAAGCCGAUGCUCUGUCCAAACUAGCAAGUUCAGCAUCUUGUGAUACGCCACGCCAUGUGUUUUGGGAAGUAAAACAGCUCAAAAGCAUUGACGCCUCGAGGACAGAUAUCCUAGACCGAACAGCCACCUGGAUGGAUGAUAUUGGAUUAUGCAGCUCUCACAUAGGAGGGAGGGACCUGGCAGAAAAAGCCCUAAGAAUCGGGUACUAUUGGCCCACUCUCAAAGAAGACGCUCUUAACUUGGUUAAGCGGUGUGAUAAAUGUCAACGAUUUGCUCAUCUAAUUCGACGGCCAGCACAGAGACUGACACCAAUCACCAGCCCUAUACCAUUUGCCAAAUGGGGGAUGGACUUGUUAGGUCCUUAUAUGACGGCACCAGGUGGAUUACGUUACAUAAUAGUUGCCGUCGACUAUUUCACCAAAUGGGUAGAAGCUGAAGCUUUGAAAAACACUAAGGCUCAAGAUGUGAGAGCAUUCAUCUGGAAAAACAUCAUCACAAGAUUUUGCGUGCCUCAGUCUAUUGUCUUUGACAAGGAGCCACAAUUCAAGACGCCCAAAUUAGAAGAUUGGUUGGCCGACCAUUGGAUGAAAAAGAAGCUUGAUGAGGCGAAGGGCUUAUGGGCCGACGAGUUACCCAAUGUUUUAUAG